UAUCUUGGCUCGAGGCUACUCCUGCUGGUGCAUGUUCGACUACUUCCUACUGCCCUUCGAUGCAGUAGCAGAAGUAAGCGCCACAGGAGACAGAGUUCCGAUGAUCUCAUUGAAGAUCUUGAAUACCAUUUGGGAGGUACCAAGCUCGAUUUCCUACAGGUCCGUAUUAGGUACCAGCACUCUGGCUUUUCGCAGAGAACAGGGCUGUUGCGCAACAACAUGAUGGACGGCAUCGUGAGCCAGGAGACCAUGGUAGAGACCACGGCGGUUGCUGCCAUUGAAAGAAAAGGUUCAUCAUCGCUCUGGUCGCCGCGCGACGUGCUACAGCCCAAUUCAUUAUCUGAAAUUAUUGCACAGCAUUGGGGCGCGGAUACAGAAGGUGAUGUAAUACACCGCAUACUCACUUCGCGGUCCUCACGCCCACAGAGAAGGGCAAGGAAUUUCCAGCAAACGCCUCUGCUUGUCCAUUCAUAUGACACUAGCGGCACAAGUAGUGCAUUUUCCAUCUCUUCUGGUCAAGAUACAAAUCUGAUCCCAAGAGCUCAAAUACGUUUUGGUAUACCGAGACAAGGCCAGAGUGCACUCGCCAUUCGGUUAGCAAAGAGGCCAGCAGCAAGGUUGACUAAUGUAAAAGCAACGGAGUUAAAGAGCGACAAUGUUGUCAGACCUUCCACUCCGCUUACACGUGCAGCGCCUCUCAUCCCAAUACGGCAGACGAGCCUCAAUACCAGGACGCAUGCUCCCAGUUUGUCGGAUGCCGAAGGAGGCCGUGGCAGCCAACAACAGGGCACGUUACAGUCUUUCAAGAAAGACUUCUGGUUUUUUCCAGGUGAGGAGUCAGAUUCGUCGGGAAAUGAUUCUGUUGCUGCCGAAGCAGACGGUUAUUGUGGUCGGGAAGCCAACACUCAUGCGCACGGAUCAGUGACUCGCGAAAUCCGGACAGUCGAUGAGGCUGUUGUAGGACGCCUUUCCAGAAUUGCAUCGAUCUCUUUUGCUGAAGCCUAUAAGGGUGGGGAUUACCAAUCGCAGCAUCUUGAACAUGAUGAGCACGGAAUGUUGAGUGAUGCGAAAGAGAGAGUGACACCAGUAUCAGCACGCUCCUCAUACUCUAAUCAAACAAACUUGGCCUGUUUCCAGUUCACGCGCACACCAAGAACCGGUGGAAGUACGGAUAGUAUAAUAAAGAAGAAUGAGGGCAACUGUAUCAACGCCAGCGGCAGUAGUGACGAUAACGGACGCCCGGAGACGAACGAAUCGAUUUACCAAGGUACUGACAGUCUCCGGACUCGCGUAAGGCCGUCACGACAUUCAUACUCUCCAUCUCUUGGAUCAUCAUCGGCAAUUGCAACAGCAGCAACUUCUCGACAGUACAGGCGGAGAGCGAGUGCAAAACAGCCAUCGCCCCCUCCUCCACGGCUCUCUAUUCCUGGCGCUUCUUCCUCUCCAGAAGGAGUGUCUAGAACAACAUGCCUAAGCCGAACUUCAUCUAUGACCACACGCAAAGCAAGCCCUGCUGACUUUGAGGCCAUGGAGUUUGGUCUUCUUGACACAGGACGGAGCAGAGCCGGACAAGGAAUAAGAGCAACAACAAGAUGCGGGAGGGGAGGAGGAUAUGAUGGUGGCCAUAGCGACCAAGAUCCUCGAGACACUGAGUCCUGUGGUAGGGAUGUUGGCUUCACGAUGCAGACAUUACCGUCGCGGAAUAACCGACAGAGUCGAGUAGAAAAUGGUUCUGGAGGGUUUCUCGGCAUUGACCGUGUUCGUCAAGUUGCCGGCAGUGUGAAUGGACCGAACAAGCUUCGGAGUAGAGUAGCAGCAGUAACAGCUAAAUACGAAAAUGGAGGAGGUGCAGGAGGAAGCCUGAAUGACAGGGCAGGUAGCAGUACCGGUAGUUGGAAGCAGAGAGGGGACCAGGGGAAGGGGGUGAAAGGAACGGAAAGGGGAGAAAGGGCGCGUGAAAACAAGGACAAGGAAAAGGAGAAGCAAUCGGGACGUUGGGCAUGGCCGAUUUGGUGGUUAUGAAAAGACAGGCGGGUUUACGUUGAAGGGAAGCAUCCAUACGUACAUGGUAAAAAGUGUAUUCAUUCCAAGUGUCUAUGAAGGAAACCAUG